AUGUCUUCUCACGAGACCUUCAGAAUCCAGAGAUUCCUGGCCAAAAGACAAAAGCAAAACCAUCCCAUUCCCCAACAGAUUCAGAUGAAAACCAGUAAUAAAGUCAGGUAUAACUCCAAGAGGAGACACUGGAGAAGAACCAGGUGGAGUCUAUGA